UACUGUGGUACUGUGAGACAGGUCUACUGUACCACAAUGAUCGGAGGACUGUCUGCUUUGAUUCUUCUUAGUACAACAUCCUUGCUUCAUACUGCAGAGGUUCCUCAUCUGAUCUCUUUGACUACACUUGAACUUGGUGGCAAUGCCACUUUUCACUGUCCGUUCUCUGAGAAGACAGACAGAUUCUUCCACUGGUAUAAGCAGUCUCUUGGGAAAAUGGUCCAAACAGUAGCUACAGUAGUUUAUAACAAGAUAGAGUUCAUCAGUCCAUUUAAUCAUACCCGUUUCCAUGUCCAUAAAUCAAAUGAUCAGUGUUUUCUUACUAUCAAUCACAUAAACAAAGAGGAUGAAGCAACAUACUUUUGUCAAACUGGAACCGAGUUUUUACAGCAUUUCGUUAGAGGAUUCUUCUUGGCUGUAAAUGAUUAUAAUCACCAGACAUCUGUCUAUGUGACGCAAACUCCAAAGUCAUCAUCAGUCCAACUUGGAAACACAGUCACCCUCCAGUGUUCAUUAUUCGCCAAGAACAAAGAAAGCAGUGUUCAGUGUCCCAGUGAUCACAGUGUGCACUGGUUCAAAAGUGGAUCAGGAGAAAACCAUCCAAGUAUCAUUUACAGAAAUUUCACUCAUAGAAACAGCAUGGAUGAUACAGAGAGACGCUGCAUCUACCAUCUGUCCAAAACAAUACAGAACUCCUCUGAUACUGGGACUUACUACUGUGCUGUCGUCACAUGUGGAGCGAUACUGUUUGGUGAAGGAUCUAAAGUGGACACAAGAACAGAACUGGACCCAGUUAUUCUUAUUCUUGGAGGACUGUUGGUCUGCUGUGUGACUGUAAUCAUCGUCCUCAUUUCCUGCAUGACUUGUUGUCAUUUCAAAGGAGCAACAAGUGUUUCCCAUCAUCUGGGACAUAACAAGUCAGUUGCAAAUCCGACAAAUGAUUUGGAUGGAGAAGCAAAAGAUGUUAACUAUGCACCAUUGGAUUUCUCUACAAGGAAGAUGAGACAAGGAAAAAAGAAGAAGAGUGACUACACAGACUGUGUGUACUCUUUUGUCAAAUCAGAAGGCCAAAACCAGCAGUAGCCUCCUCUCAGAAAAGAAAAUAAUCCUCAGCUUGCUUAGUCAUUGUUUCAUUUGAUUUGUAACAUUGUAUUUCCUUUUCCAAGACAUUUUGCUGGGAACCAGUUGACCAUCAAAUGACAUCAUUUGGCAACUAGCGUUGCCAAUUUUUGAACUAUCAAUUAAGGGACACUCUGGUGUGCCAGAAGCACAAUGUACAAUAAGCUGGGCAAACUGUAAAUAUGCACUAUGUGCAUAAUUAUGUAUACUGCACUAUGCAAAUAUUUGUGCAUAUUGUUCUAAUAAAAAUGCAGUAAAAUGUU